AUGGUACUUCAAGAAUUCAAAAUAGUCUUGGACAAUCCGGAUGGCACUUACCACUCGGAGGAACUCCUAAGCGGGAAAAUUGUUGUCAGGCUUGAUUCCCCCAGAAUAACACGAGGCAUAAAAUUAAGCAUCAAAGGAGAUGCCCUUACGAAAUGGGAUUCUUACGGGUAUUUCGGUGGUAAAGUCCAUUACGUCUUCAUGUCUGGUCACGAGAAACUCUUGAAGCAUCAUUUUUAUGCCUUUGGAUCGGAAUCUGGCCCAGAAAUCGAAUUGCCCGCGGGAACGCAUACUUAUCCCUUUCAAUACGCACUUCCUCCCAAUUUGCCAAGCAGCUUCAAGUCCGACAACGGACGCAUCCGAUACAAAAUCAAAGCCAUUCUCAAUCGGCCGUGGAGGUUCAAUCACAAAACCAAAACAGCCUUUACACUCGUCUCGCAUUUGGAUUUGAAUAAAGUGCCAAGCGCUUUGGAACAAGUGAACCUCAACAGGUACAAAACGUUUUGUUGUCUCUGCUGCGCCACUGAAGAACUGGCCGUCAAUCUUAGACUACCCGUGAGAGGAUACGUCCCAGGAGAGGUCAUACCGAUCAAGGUCAGUAUCGAAAACCUAUCAGGCAUGAGGAUCGGUAUGGUCAAGCACAAGUUGGUGAAGAUCGUGACGUAUCUCGCAACCUUUCCGUACACGUCCAAGAAAAUCGACAAGUCCGUUGUCUCGGAGGUGAGCAGAGGUCCCAUAAGUGACAGCGAGGAAACCAAUUACGACGUAAACUUGGACGUGCCACCUUUGCUUCCGGCGUCGUUUCUCAAUCAUUGCAAAAUCAUCGAUUUGGAGUACGAGUUGUUAACGGAAGCUUGUAUUUCGAAGCUAUGCUACGAAAAUAUGAGGAUUAGAACCAAAAUUUUUAUCGGAACUGUACCUCUGUCCAGGUUCAACAGACAUCUCAGGUGA